AUGGAUGGUCUCUUGGACAAAACCAUAACACUUUGUUACCACUUCCGGCCAAACACAACCCGACAAACAUCGGAUACUAUAAACUCCAACAACUCGAUUAGCUCAAGAGAUGGGCUAUACUUGAACGAUUUGCACACGAUUUUUUGUGACUGUGGUGAUAAAAUAGCCGAGCAAAAAGGUGAGGUGGAGCACAUGGAGGAGGAGAUGGGUCGCGAUUACCUUCAUUCCAGGGUUGAUGUCCUGAACAUGCAGCAAAGGUUCGAGAAGGUUGAGAAGCAGAUUAAAGCUAUUGCGUUGUUGGUUGUGGAUCUUGUCGUGAUGAUGCUCCUGCUAAUGAUUUUCAUCAUUCACUUGAUAGUCAACAAGUGA